GUGGUGGCGGCGCCGGCCUGGCCUGGCCUGGCUGAGGGGAGGUGGCGGGAGGGCGGGCGUGAUGGCGGAGGCCGGGCCGCAGGCGCCGCCGCCCCCGGGCACCCCAAGCCGACACGAGAAGAGCCUGGGACUUCUCACCACCAAGUUCGUGUCGCUUUUGCAGGAGGCCAAGGACGGCGUGCUUGACCUCAAGCUGGCAGCUGACACCCUAGCUGUACGCCAGAAGCGGCGGAUUUACGACAUUACCAAUGUGCUGGAAGGUAUUGGGCUGAUCGAGAAAAAAUCCAAGAACAGCAUCCAGUGGAAAGGUGUGGGGCCAGGCUGCAACACUCGGGAGAUUGCUGACAAGCUGAUUGAGCUCAAGGCAGAGAUCGAGGAACUGCAGCAGAGAGAGCAAGAACUUGACCAGCACAAGGUGUGGGUGCAGCAGAGCAUCCGGAAUGUCACAGAGGAUGUGCAAAACAGCUGUUUGGCCUACGUGACUCAUGAAGACAUCUGCAGAUGCUUUGCUGGAGAUACUCUCCUGGCCAUCCGGGCCCCAUCAGGCACCAGCCUGGAGGUGCCCAUCCCAGAGGGUCUUAAUGGGCAGAAGAAGUACCAGAUUCACCUGAAAAGUGUGAGUGGCCCUAUUGAGGUGCUGCUGGUGAACAAGGAGGCAUGGAGUUCACCACCUGUGGCUGUACCAGUGCCACCCCCUGAGGAUCUGCUCCAGAGCCCACCUGCUGUUUCUACCCCUCCUCCUCUGCCCAAGCCUACCUUAGCACAGCCCCAGGAAGCCUCGCGUCCAAGCAGUCCCCAGCUGACCCCCACCCCCGUUCCUGGCAGCACCGAAGUCCCAGGGGUGGCUGGCCUGGCACCUGAGAUUGCAGUGAGUGGUGGCCCUGAGACUGAGAGCAAGGACAGUGGUGAGCUCACCUCACUUCCGCUGGGCCCGACAGCACUGGACACCCGGCCCCUGCAGUCUUCUGCCUUGUUGGACAGCAGUAGUAGUAGCAGCAGCAGCAGCAGCAGUAGCAGCAGUUCAUCUGGACCCAACCCUUCUACCUCCUUUGAGCCCAUUAAGGUGGACCCCACAGGUGUUCUGGAACUCCCCAAAGAACUGUCAGAAAUCUUUGACCCUACACGAGAGUGCAUGAGCUCAGAGCUGUUGGAGGAGUUGAUGUCCUCAGAAGUGUUUGCCCCUCUCCUCCGACUAUCUCCACCACCUGGAGACCACGAUUACAUCUACAACCUGGACGAGAGCGAAGGUGUCUGUGAUCUUUUUGAUGUGCCUGUUCUCAACCUCUGACUGACAGGGACAUGCCCCGUGGGGCCGGGACCCAGAUUGAGCUGGGGGCGACAGGGGUACCUCCCCUCACUCAUUCCUACACAGUUUGAGAGCCACAGACUCCUGGCUUCCCCAGCCUUCCCCCACUUCACAGUUCUGGCUACAUGUCCCUUUCCUGUUCUGGCACUUGUCAGUGUGUGAGCUGAGCAGGAGAAAGGGCUCAGCCCCCUCCAUGUGGAGCCAAAGUGUUUGCCUCUCCUUUUCUGGAGCCUUCCCCAGCCUAGGCUCAGCUGCCACCCAGUGGCACAUAUCUGUCAUCACCCCCAUAGGGCAGCUUGUCCAGCCCAUUGCCCUGCUCCUGCCAGUCCCUCUCCCCUAGAAGGGAAGGGUGGGAUGGAGCUGGGCACUUGCCAGCCCUACCUAGCUUCCUUCCCUACCCACUCAUCCUACAGUUUCUGGACCUCUCAAGUGACCUCCUUACCAGGUCCUGAGCACUGGGAACCUGCAGGUGUUGUGUGUGGCGGGAGGUAUUAAGAAGGAACUGAGUGAGGUCUCUAGGAAUCUGGGUGGGUUGGUCCCUGAACAUUGGCCCACCCUCCUGAUGCCCCAUAGUCCCCUUCAUUUCCAUUUAUUCAUUUACCCUCAUUUAGAGCCAUUUGCAGAGAUUUAGAAAGAUUUACAGUAACGAAUGGAUUCCUAUAUAAAGAUUAUUUUUAUACUUUUUGCAGCAAAAGGAAAUUGUAAUAUUUGUACAGUGUCCAAGUGAAUAAAGACCAUGCCUAAGGCUA